AUGCACCUGGGCCUGGGACAAUGCUCUUUAGAGAACGACACACGGUGGUCCACUCGAGGACAAGACCUGGAGACAGACCAUGGAGACUCCCAUCUUUCCCCUUUGACGUCUGUGCAGGUCAGGGAGGGUCGUUGUGGUCAGGUGCAGAUGGUCCAGGCAGAGGCCGGUCUGUGGGAGUGGACACUGGAGCCGUAUAAGAGCCCAGGUCUGCAGCUGCUGUGGCUGUGUCUCUGCCCUCCUGGUUCCCUCCUGCCUCCUUCAGGUGUUCCCUCCUGCCUCCUUCGGGUGCUCCCUUCUGCCUCCUUUUGGACGUCGCUGCUGCUGUGGAUGUUCCAACAGACUCUGCAGGGAGGUUUGAAGCCUCAGACGGUUGCGUAUGGGAGGAUGCUUCCCAACAGAGGUGUUGGCCACGGAGUCGGAGUCAACCCUGCAGUCACAGGAGCCCUCGGUGCAGUGGCAAACCGAUACAACACUAAAGCCAUGAAGGCUGGACUUGGACGAUACACAGGCGCCCAGCUCGGAGUCGGAGGUUACAGGUCUCUGGGAGGAAGAUCUGGACUGAAGCCUGGAUACGGCGCACAGGGAGGAUACGGAGCCAGUUUGGGCACAGGAAUGAUGGGUCCUUCUCUUUCUAACGGACAUGGUCUUGGACUGGGACUGGGCCAGGCUGGAAAACGUGGCUACAAUGGUGGUUUGGGCACCGGGCUUGGAGGCGGACUUGGAGGUGGACUUGGAACCGGUCUAGGGGCGGGCUAUGGUGCAGUCCCAGAUGGUAGAAGUUCAGAGCAAGAGUAA